UUUCCCGAAGAAGCGUUAUUUCUCUCUCCCCCUCUCUCUCUUUCUCUCGCUCCCUCCCUCCCUUCCCAGUCUGCAGCGAGGCCCUGCCUUCCCCCGCUGCCAUUCCCCUCGCCGGCUUCCUGUGCACGGAGAGCGAGCUGCCGCCAGCCCUGCCACCUCAACAUGGAGUAGCGCGUCCCUGCGAGGCUGCGACCGGUUGCAAGCGACCGAGAGGGAUCGGCGAGCGCCGCGCCACAUGAGCCAUUACGGCACUGCGGAGACACGAUCAGCGUGAAGCCACCACGGAUAAGACGCCGCGCUUUUUAUUUAUUAUUUAAAAGAUGGCGAACGACUCUCCGGCUAAGAGUCUGGUGGACAUAGACCUCUCGUCUUUGCGGGAUCCGGCUGGGAUUUUUGAAUUGGUGGAAGUAGUCGGCAAUGGCACCUAUGGACAAGUAUACAAGGGGCGACAUGUCAAAACCGGACAGCUGGCCGCCAUCAAGGUCAUGGACGUCACGGAGGAUGAGGAGGAGGAAAUUAAGCUGGAGAUCAACAUGCUGAAGAAGUACUCUCACCAUAGAAACAUCGCCACCUACUAUGGUGCGUUCAUUAAGAAGAGCCCCCCAGGCCAUGAUGACCAGCUCUGGCUGGUCAUGGAGUUCUGUGGGGCGGGCUCCAUCACUGACCUCGUGAAGAACACUAAGGGGAACAGCCUGAAGGAGGACUGGAUCGCCUACAUCUCCCGUGAAAUCCUCCGGGGUCUGGCCCACCUGCACGCCCACCACGUCAUCCACCGUGACAUCAAGGGCCAGAACGUCCUGCUGACAGAGAACGCCGAGGUCAAGCUGGUGGAUUUUGGUGUGAGUGCCCAGCUGGACCGGACCGUGGGCCGGAGGAACACCUUCAUCGGGACGCCGUACUGGAUGGCCCCCGAAGUCAUUGCCUGCGAUGAAAACCCUGAUGCCACCUACGACUACAGGAGCGACCUGUGGUCCUGUGGGAUAACGGCCAUCGAGAUGGCAGAGGGGGCUCCCCCGUUGUGCGACAUGCACCCGAUGAGGGCGCUCUUCCUCAUCCCCAGGAACCCCCCACCAAGGCUCAAGUCCAAGAAAUGGUCUAAGAAGUUCUUCAGCUUCAUCGAAAGCUGCUUGGUGAAGAACUAUAUGCAGAGGCCGCCGACAGAGCAGCUGCUGAAGCACCCCUUCAUCCGGGACCAGCCCAACGAGAGGCAGGUCCGCAUCCAGCUGAAGGAUCACAUCGACCGCACCCGCAAGAAGAGGGGCGAGAAGGACGAGACCGAGUAUGAGUACAGUGGGAGUGAGGAAGAGGAAGAGGAGACUCCAGAGCAAGAAGGGGAACCCAGCUCCAUCGUCAACGUGCCCGGCGAGUCGACGCUGCGCCGGGACUUUAUCCGCCUGCAGCAGGAGAACAAGGAGCGCUCCGAGGCUCUGAGGAGGCAGCAGCUCCUGCAGGAGCAGCAGCUCCGUGAACAGGAGGAGUACAAGCGGCAGCUGCUGGCAGAGAGGCAGAAGCGCAUUGAGCAGCAGAAGGAACAGCGGCGGCGGCUGGAGGAGCAACAACGCCGUGAGCGUGAGAUGCGACGGCAGCAGGAGCGUGAGCAGCGACGGCGGGAGCAGGAGGAGAAGAGACGCAUUGAGGAGAUGGAGCGCCGUCGCAAGGAGGAGGAGGAGCGCAGGAGGGCUGAGGAGGAGAAGAGGAGGGCCGACCGCGAGCAGGAGUAUAUUCGCCGUCAGCUGGAGGAGGAGCAGAGGCACCUGGAGAUCUUGCAGCAGCAGCUGCUCCACGAGCAGGCCAUGCUCCUGGAGUACAAAUGGCGGGAGAUGGAGGAGCAGCGGCAGGCUCAGCGCCUCCACAGGCAGCUGCAGGUGGAGCAGGCCUACCUGCUGUCGCUCCAGCAGGACCACAGGCAGCAGCAGCAGCAUCAAGACAGGACCAAGGCCCCUCAGCAGCCCCCGCCGCACGCGCACCCCCACCCGCACUCGCCCGCAGAGCCCAAAGGCCCCACCCCCAAACCUGAGCCUGAGGUGGCCGAGCGAGCCCGAGAGGCUGAUGAAAGGUUUCGAAAGAACAUCCAGGGCUCCCCCCAGGCCGCUCAGUCCAAGCAGCCCCCGGCUCCCUUCCACAACGGAAGCUCCGCAGAAGUUGUCGCCUCCGCUCCCCACAGGCCCAUGGAACCACAGUGGUCUCACCCGGCCGCCCCCCCCGUGUCCCGCUCCCACUCCUUCAGUGACCCUGCUCCUAGCUUUGCACACCUCCACCUCCGACCGCAGGAGCCGCGCCAGGCCGCACCUGCACGCAGUGAACCCCCGCCCCCCCCAGAGCCUAGGGCCCCGCCCCCUGAGCCCGCCCCCAAGCACAAGCAGCCAGCCUGGGCUCGGGCCGACAGUGAGGAGGCCCCUCCCAGGGUUCCGGUGAGGACGACUUCCCGGUCCCCGGUGCUGUCCCGGCGAGACUCUCCACUGCAAGGGGGCGUGCAGCCCAGUGGUCAGGCGGCCCAGAGGAGCACAGCAAACAACCCUGAGCCGCGCCUCCUCUGGGAUCGUGUGGAGAAGCUGGCCUCCAGGCCCGGCAGUGGCAGCUCCUCUGGCUCCAGCAACUCCAGUUCCCAGGCCGGCUCCCAGAGCGGCUCAGGGGAGAGGUUCCGGGUCCGAUCGUCUUCAAAGUCAGAGGGCUCCCCGUUACAGCGGCCUGAAAAUGCUGCGAAGAAGCCAGAGGAGAAGAAGGAUUUUGUCCGGCCAAGCCGACCGGCGGCUGACGUGGAUCUCACCGCCCUAGCCAAAGAACUGAGGGCAGUGGAGGAGGUGCGGCCCCACAACAAGGUGACCGACUAUUCCUCCUCCAGUGAGGAGUCUGGCACCACAGAUGAGGAAGAUGAAGAUGUCGAACAGGAAGGCGCUGACGAGUCCACCUCAGGCCCUGAAGACUCACGUGCCGUCUCCUCCAACCUCAGUAAUGGAGAGACUGAAUCAGUCAAGACCAUGAUUGUUCAUGACGAGACCGAGAGUGACCCUGCUACCACGCCCUCGAAAGAUGGUACCUUGAUCGUCAAACAGAGCGCAGGGGAAAAAAAGCGCCCCGGCUACACGGAGAGCAAUGGCUUUGCAGGCCGCAUCCAUCUCUUGCCAGACCUCAUCCAGCAAAGCCAUUCCUCCUCCUCCUCCUCCAUCUCCAACUCCCCCUCGUCCAGCCAGGCCAGCCCCUCCAUGUCCCCCCAGACCCCCAUGGACAAGCUGAGCGCCAGCGAGACCCAGUCUGCCAGCAACACCAUGCAGAAACACAAGUCGUCAUCCUCCUUCACGCCUUUCAUCGACCCCCGGCUCCUGCAGAUCUCCCCCUCUAGUGGGAGCUCACUCUCUUCUGCAGCUUUUGGAAAUGAAACCCGUCUAAACGAUCCCUCUCGGAAGGGCUCAGUAGUGAAUGUGAAUCCGGUUAACACCCGGCCGCAGAGUGACACCCCAGAGAUCCGCAAGUACAAGAAGAGGUUCAACUCUGAGAUUCUCUGUGCAGCACUUUGGGGUGUGAACCUGCUGGUGGGCACAGAGAGUGGAUUGAUGCUGCUGGACCGGAGUGGACAGGGUAAAGUUUACCCCCUCAUUAACCGACGCCGUUUCCAGCAGAUGGAUGUCCUGGAGGGUCUCAAUGUCUUGGUAACAAUAUCAGGUAAGAAAAACAAGCUGCGUGUUUACUACCUGUCCUGGCUGAGGAACAAGAUUCUGCAUAAUGACCCUGAAGUGGAGAAGAAGCAAGGCUGGACCACUGUGGGGGAUCUGGAGGGAUGUGUACACUACAAAGUUGUGAAAUAUGAGCGAAUCAAGUUCUUGGUUCUUGCUCUCAAGAAUUCAGUCGAAGUUUAUGCAUGGGCGCCCAAGCCAUAUCACAAAUUUAUGGCCUUUAAGUCAUUUGGAGAGCUUGUUCACAAGCCCCUGCUGGUUGACCUGACGGUGGAGGAGGGUCAGAGAUUGAAGGUCAUCUACGGCUCAUGCUCUGGCUUCCAUGCUGUGGAUGUAGACUCUGGGGCGGUGUAUGACAUCUACCUGCCUACACACAUCCAGACCAGCAUCCAGUCGCAUGCCAUCAUCAUCCUGCCCAAUACAGAUGGCAUUGAAUUACUUGUAUGCUACGAGGAUGAGGGUGUUUAUGUUAACACAUAUGGCCGCAUCACCAAGGAUGUGGUGCUUCAGUGGGGUGAGAUGCCCACCUCCGUAGCCUACAUCAGGUCCAACCAGAUCAUGGGCUGGGGUGAGAAGGCCAUAGAGAUCCGUUCCGUAGAGACAGGACACCUGGACGGAGUUUUCAUGCACAAGAGGGCCCAGAGGCUGAAGUUCCUGUGCGAGAGGAAUGAUAAGGUGUUCUUUGCCUCAGUGCGCUCUGGGGGCUCUAGCCAGGUGUACUUCAUGACCUUGGGGCGAAGUUCCCUGCUUAGCUGGUAGAAGAUAUGCCCCCCACAUUGGAAUAAGUUUUAUUUUUCCCCUCAAUAUUUAAGACGACAACCAAGAAACAAACACGACAACCUUGAACUGAAACUUCAAUUGCCGUACCAAGCCACCCCAGAAGUGAAUGGGGACCUCUAACAAGAAAAAUCAAGACGCAUGGGAUGCGCAGGAAGAGGACCUUCUCAUGGCCAAUGAGUUUGCAGAUAUUGGUUAUGUUAUCAGAUUGUAACCUUAAUGACAGCCUAAACCCCAAUAGCUUCCCUGCACUAUCAAGAUAUCUAAGUUCUGAUGUAGACCUGCAUUUGGUCUUUCCUAAGAUAUCAAGACCCCCUUGAAUUCUCCUAUGUUUAAGGUUUGGGGUAGCACUCCUACAGUUGAGAAAUCUGUAUGUUUAUGUAUCCUGCUUGAGGGAAGGAGUGGGGGGUUUACAAGUGUUUGCAAACGGGCAGGAUAAUCAAUCGGAGGCUGUCCACACUUCACUCGGAUCAUGGGUGGGAGGGUUGGCCUUGGUGUUUUUGUGGCAAAAGGAGUGGGUGGGGUCUGAGGGCUUUUUGUCCUCGUCACGUGUGCUUUUGGGUUAGGGCAGGCAUUUUUGUGUUGCAUUUUUGACAUUUCCAUAAGGUGGUCCUCUACAGGGUGUUAGGACAUGUUCUAGGAAAAAAGUGCAACUGUAUUUUGUUUUUUUUUUUCCUUCUCAAUUAAUAAAUCCCACGUUUUCUUAAUUUUAUUUUGGCCUACUUCAUUGCUAAGAUGGUUAUAAGGAUCAGAGAAAGGGGUUAUAAGGAUCAGUCAUAUAGGUGUGGGGAGGACAGAACCUUCUAGUUGUUACACUGGCUAACUGUGUGGACCACAUCCUCUACCCUUUUGAGUCUGUAAUGAGGUUUAUCCAAAUUUUAUUCCUUUUUAUAUGGCAAUAGGUAUCAAUAUCAGUAGGUGGAUUAGGGCCAUGUUUCCUAUACUCCUGAGGGGGGAGUUGAUAUUUGAUGGUUUUUAUUCUAAUGGUCAUAUUUAAUAGUUCACAUAGUUCACCAGUGAUCCACCCUCCUGUCGUCUCGCACAUUCCACCUAUGUGUGAUCUUGAUUUAAAAAAAAAAAAAAAAACCCAAAGCAUUUUAAUGACACUCCCUACUGUCAGGGAGGGAGGGGGGGCACCAGAGGAGCACUUGGGUCCUUUGUGCUGGUUAUGAGAUCUGUCGUAUUUUCUGCACUAUGCAUGACUCUUCCAGCUGCAGACUCUUUUUGAUGGCAGGCCAGGUUACAAGCUUGAAUGUGUGAGGCCAAACGGCAUUAUGGGGAUUAUGGCACAAUUCAUACUGUGGUCCAUUUUCCUGUUUUGGGGUUUUAUGGUCAGUAAUGAAGGUAUGGUGAAUGGUGCGAUUCCACAAAUACCAUUGUAGGUUUUAAUUUGUUAAAGAAGGCUCAUCCUGUGCACGGAGAAUUACUAGAAUAAUUUUCCUGGGUAGUUUUUUUUGCCAUUUUUCAUGUUAAAAGGCAGAUUACAUUGUGCUUCUGCAGAAUAUUACCGCUUUGACAAAGGCACAGACAGUUCGUAGUGUGAUCUGGCAGCAUUGCACAUUUUUGAAAGCAUUGCACGCAUACACAUGCAUGAGGGAAGGAGGAAAAUGAUACAUGACGUUGGUUGGCCAACAAUUUAUGACUUUUGAAGAGUGGUUCCCAGUAAGGUUUUUUUUUCUCCUUAACUCUUCUUUUUCCCAGAAACUAAAAUUCCCUAGAAUGCCCCUACUAUUUUUACCCAUCUUUGCCUAAGUGAAGUUACCUUUUUUAUACUGUGCUUUACAGUUGCCUUAAUACUGCUCAUGUGCUGGCCCACAUAUACAAGUACAUCUUGAAGGCCUGAGUCUUCAUAUGUAUAAGGUUGCUGGGUCAUGGGACUCUGACCAUUGUCUGAGUAGUAUACUACCUUUCAGCUGUCUCAGUAGCAGUUCGUAAUUAACCUUACUUUGUUCCCUCCCCUUUCACUCCUGGAAAUGGUCCAAAUCAGUGCACUCUGUUUGUGUGAAGUCUUGUGGAACAGGAAGUGGACAGAUAAUAUGAUAUGAAGUGGGUAAAUAUCCCAGCUGACCGUACUCUCCCAUUUCUUCUUUGGCUUGCUGUGCUGCAUCCUGUUAUCACAUGAGGCAGACCAUAAGAAGAGCGGACCCGUUUUCUCAAGAUUCUCAAAUCCAUCCGGAAUUCCCAUGCUGUCCCUUACCAACUGGUUUUCAAAGACAUUUCUUACCUACUGUUUUGCGCAUUUGUUCAGUUGACCUUGCUCAGUUGUUUGGGUGUGGGAGGUGCCGGACCUGCCUGGUUGCCAAGUGAUCCUCAGUCCAUGUCUUUUCUUGCAUGUUGAACACUUUCUAAGUGGAAAAACCAAUGCCAUUUGUGUACGAGGCCUUCUUCGUAAAUGGUCCCCUCUGACGAGUCUCUCUCAUUGGACAAUGUUGUCUUGUGCUUGUUGCUAAGAUACAUCCGGGCCUCCCGUGAGUGACACUUAGCUUCCGUGAACAGAAAUCCGUUGUUUUCACUUUUCCUCCCUGGAGGCGGAAGGGGCACAGCCCCUGUUUCUCUUCAUGGGCCUAGACGCCUGUUAAAAUAAUGAGCAGUAUUACCAAACCACUACAUUUAAGAAUAAAAUGCAUCUUCAAGAUCUUUUAAGCAUUGGAUAUUUUUAACUUCUAGAUUUAGUUAAGAACUGAAUUGUAGUUUUCUUCUUUUGGUUUCAGUAAUUUUAUGUAAUCCUAAUUACCACUGUAGUGGUUUAAUAUUAUAAUGCUCACCUUUUGUUGAGAAAAUGUUUACAGACAAAUGUUUUUUGUUACACUAAUGUGCAUCAUAUUUAUGGUUCAUUUGAAAGCUUUUUAAUGUUUUUCCCUUUUUUGUAUUUCCGUCAAUAACCCAUAACAGCUGAUUUUACAGAUGCAGCUGUAAUAAUCAUACAAAUGAUGGAUUGAAAAUUUGUCUGCCCCGACGCCCAACAUCCUUUUGUUGUUGUGGUGACGCAGCAGCACCAUUCAGUCUCUGGCUGCACAUCGCGGAUCAGGCACAAGUGACCAGUUUUACUUCUGUGUUUCUGACAUGCUAACUUAUGUCUUCUCUGUGUAUUAUGGCAAUUAUUGUAUUUUUCCUGAAGGUCUUUUAUUUCUUUCUUUGAAUAAACUCAAAGUGAUAUACA